AUGGGGGCUCGAUCUCGACAAGGAUGUUUCUCCUGCAGGCGCCGCAAAAAGAAAUGUGAUGAAGUUAAACCGAUCUGCACAGCCUGCUUGCGCAACAGUCUCGGCUGCACCUGGCCAGAAUUUAGUUUUAGUCCACAUGAAGCAUCAGUCGAGGUUGGAUCAACGCGACAGAAGACACGAGCCCGAUCUCAAUAUGGACCCAAGUCGGACACAUGGGCCCUUGCGCUCACCAACGCACCUUCAAAAUUGUUAACUCUGACGAUUCCUGCAGCGCCGUCCAAUUUUGCCCUUCCUGGAGUGGUGUCUUCGGGAUCUGGAACCUGGAGGCUUCUCGAUCACUAUUUAAAAGAUACUGCGAACCGAUUGGCCUGUUUGCAGGACAGUCAGAAUCCAUUUCUCCAUACCAUACUCCCAGCUGCUCUCAAUGACGAGCUUCUAAUGAAUGCAAUACUCGCACUUUCCGGUGUGCAUUUGAUGCAGCGCGUUCCUCAACUGGAUCUUAAUGUUCAAUCCUUGGCCUCAUCCAGCUACACUCGAGCAUUGAAACAGCUCAGAGUUGCCUUGUCCGAUCUAACUCGGAAUGGGAGCAGUGUAGACGGCGCAUGGCGUGCAUUAAUAAUUGUUUUGAUAUUUUACCUUUUAGAGGCCACGAGAGGAAGUGAUCCCAAAGCCAUGCAGGGACAUUUAGAUGGUGCCCAUCACCUGAUGGCCUAUGUGAUGCGAUUCCCAUUGACCUCUACUCCUUUGAGUAUCGUAUCAUUCACUACGGAUCUUUAUGUGUAUAACGCCGGGCUUGCAUCAUUUACAACCAAUUGUUCACCCAUAUCAACCUCACAGUCAGAGACAUGGGCGAAUACAUCUGCAAGUACGGUCAACCCAGUUGGCGUGAUGUGCGGAUGCGCCCAUGAUCUUUUCAUUUUCGUUCCCAGAGUUUCAUCAUUAUUAUGGGACAUCACUUCCGAAACAUCAUCAGAAGCUGGCCAUAGAGAAAGCCUCAUCGAUGACUAUCAUGCUCUCAGGACACAGAUAGUAGCUUGGAAGCCUUCAAGUGACCAGGAAGACUUAGUACUCUGCGCAGAACUAUACCGACAGAGCCUUCUUCUGUUGUUGGAUUCACGGUUUGCCCGGAAAAGUACCAGCAGCAUUGCUGACCAGGCUUUUCGCAACCUAGAAUUUUUCAUAUCGCGUUUACCGCCACAAUCACCUAUCGCGACUACGGCUACCUGGCCGUUCUUUGCCUUCGGCAUACAUGCCCAGAACCCUCAGCAGAAGGAAGUGGUUCGAUCAUAUCUCAAGUCCCUGAUCACUACGUUUGGCAUGGGAGUCAUGUCAACGGCUCUGAACCAGUUGGAGGAAAUAUGGAUGCUUGAACCUAGUCAAGAUGUUGUCAACAGAUUCUUCACGCACCAGAACCAACUAUUUCUGAUUUGUUGA